CAAAUAUUUGAUAUUUAGUGUAUUGUGUGCUUCAUUGUGGUUUUGCUUUAGAAAUAAAAAACAAGUAUUAUUUGGAGAAUUAAUCAAUGAUUAGAUAUGCCAUUUAUUUAUCCAUGGGCAUGUACAUAUGUAGUCAGUUCAUGUAUUGUAAAAAUUAUGAGUGCAGUUUGAUGGCAAGAACGCAAUAUUAAUGAUUUAUUUGGUAGAAGUGGAAAAAAUUAUAUAAACAGAUGAAAUUCUAUUCAAUAGGUGCAAAACAAAGCCAAGGUGUGUGUGGGUGUGUGUGCUUCAGCUACAACAUUUAGCUAACGUACUUUGGCAGCGGUUGUCCAAGCACAGCAAGGCAGGAGUUUGGAACGGAGAAAGAUUCGUUUUUCGGACACUUGAAGCUCACAUUUCUAGCAAGUCAUUAACAGCAGCAUUUCAUAAUGUCGGACCUCGGAAGUGGAGACGAAGGUAUCUCAGGAUCAAAAUACAAUGCAAAUAUGGAAGGUUCUUUAAGCAGAAACGAUUUUGAGUCGUCCGGAAAAGCAAGCAGUGCAGUUGAACAGGAACUAGCUUCAAAAAUGUUGCAAAUUCAAUCAAAACGUUUUUAUUUGGAUGUAAAGCAAAAUCGUCGUGGAAGGUUCAUUAAAGUGGCUGAAAUUGGAGCUGAUGGCAGACGGAGUCAGAUCUAUUUGGCAUUGUCAACAGCAGUUGAGUUUCGCGAUCAUUUAUCGUCAUUUAGUGACUAUUAUGCGUCUUUAGCUUGUUCAAAUGCAGGGCCACCAAAUACUGAUAAUUUACCAGAAGAUGGUAAACUAAAAUCGGAGAUGAUGAUCAAGGAUAAUCGGAGGUAUUAUUUGGACUUAAAGGAGAAUGCUCGGGGCAGAUUUCUUCGGGUUUCACAAACAAUCACAAGAGGUGGACCAAGAUCUCAAAUAGCAUUACCAGCUCAAGGAAUGAUCGAAUUUCGUGACGCACUUACAGAUUUACUAGAAGAAUUUGGAGUUAGUGAUGGCGGAUUUAAAGGAGACUUGCCUGAGGAACGCCAUAUGAAGGUGGAUAAUAAGAAUUUUUAUUUUGACAUUGGCCAGAAUAAUCGUGGAGUUUAUAUGCGAAUAAGUGAGGUUAAAAAUAAUUUUCGCACUUCUAUAACGAUUCCGGAAAAAUGUUGGAUACGAUUUCGUGAUAUUUUUAAUGAUUAUUGCGAAAAAUGAAAAAAUCGUCCGAUUCGGUCACUGCCGAAAACAAUCUACCGACAACUACAAAUAGUGUUAAAUAAUGGGCAUAAAUCUUUUUCAAACACACGUCAUCGCACCAUUUCAAUGAAUAAUUAUAAAAAAAAAUUUCAAUUAUUUGUGCUCAUGCCUUUAGAAUUAGAAUUAACAGCUAAUUUUGUAAGGUUUAAGAAUUAUUGUUUUAGCUUUUUAACUAAAUGAAUUAUAUAUUCUCUUCGUCGAUGCAUAGAUGUUUAUAAGAUGAAGAUGUGAUGUUUCAUCAUCUAUAUUAGAUUUUCCGUCUGUUUGAAAAAAAACUUCAAAGACUAUUAUAUUUUUUUACGACAAUACUCAUAUAUUUUGAACUUAGAAGUUUGUUUUUCAAUUGGCCACACAUUCCUGAAGCUAAAAUAAAAUAUGGACGCAAUUUUAAAGCUCUUACCGUAUCUGGUUAAUUUUGCACAAGGCUUUAUAUUGAUUAUUACUUAUUUGUUGCAUUCCAUCAAAUAAAGUUUUCUAAAAAAUAUCCUUUUAAUUUAGAUACUCAAAAUGAAUACAUAACGCAAAUUUUUCAAAUUCACAAUAAUUUUAUUUUAAAUUGUUUUGUUCUGUUGUCUAUAAAUAAUUAAAUAAAUCUUAUGAAUAUACCCACGAUAUUCCAAACAUUUAUUUUAUCGUCUAAAUACCGUAACCUACUUUGAUCUGUGAGCAACAGAAUACAACAGAUUUAAUAGAAUAAUGUUAUAAGAUUGAUGAGAAUAAUGUACUUGCGCACUUUUGAUUUAUUCACAUUGACCAACUGUGGUCACGAAAUUUUGAGUAAAUAAUAUUGCAACGCCGUGCAUUCAAAAAUUUAGAUUUGGUCAGACUACCCUGCAGUUCAUUAAUUUAGAUUUGAUGUUAACAUUUUUAAAUAAGAACAAAAUGUGCUGAUAGAUCAAAUUCGUACAGACAUCACUACUUAUCCGAUAUAAUUUCUUAAAAAUAUACAUAAAACUUCUGCAAUUGUAUUAUUUAGAACGAAUUAAAUUAACUUAAGAGCAAUUGCAAUAACAAUUACAUAUGUAGAAACAGAAUUAUAAAACUCAGUACAUUUGAAAUAAUUAAGACGUAAGAAAGCAAUGCAUAAUUGUUUUCAAAGGGUCUUAAAAUAAUUAUUUUAAUAAAAUUUAAACAUAUUCUGACCUAAUGUUAAAUUGAAAAAUUGUUGUCAAUGGUAUUAAAAUACAAAUAUAUAUGAAGGUGGUUAGACAAUUUAAUGAUUCAGAAUCAUUAAAAACAUGUGUGUGCAGUCGUGUAAAAUUAUGUUAAUUCUCAAUAAUUAACAUAAGAAUUAACAAUAUGUGUUUCAAUAUUUUUGAAAUGUAAACUUACAUAAGUACUAAUACUAAUAAAAUAAAUUCAGUUUGAAAAGAAUGUAUAACUAAAUACAUAAGUAUAUACAUAUACAUAUAUGUGUAUAUUUCUGUACUCUGUGAAUAUAGUGUGAACCAAUACGAUGCUACUCAGUUAAAACUUUCAGCUUUAUGUUUUAUUAUUAAAUGUUUGUGAAUCAGAAUGAAAACCUGACAGUAAUAUAUUUUGUUCAACGUAACAACUUAAUAAAUUAAAAAUAAUGUGUGGAUAAGACAGGUUGUCGACGUUUGUUUAAAUUUGAAUUCAGAUGUAUGAAAGCACUGCAACUACCUAAAAGGUAAUUGGAUUGUUGAGGAACAUUUUGUCAUAUGUAUCUGGUUAAUGUAACUUAUAAAAGGCUAUCUUAAAAUAAUAUGUAUGUUAUACAAUGUUAAAGCUCUUAGAAUAUAUAUGUUAAAUACAAAUUUCUUAAAUUAAUUAUUAAAAAGUUUAUAAAACAAAACAUUUAAUGUGAUCACGUAGAAUAAAAACUUAAUAAGUACGAUACAAAAAAA